AUGGCGAAACUGGACCCUGGGCACAAGGUCCCAGUGGAAAGAUCUUUUUAUCCCGAGUUGAGCGAGCCCAAACUCGAGUGUCCUGUCGCCUUAGGAAGGGGGAAACCCUCAAGACAAUUUUACCUGAAGCAGCAGCAGCAGGCAGCGUCUGUGCUGGCCGGUUCCAUUCCCUGGGACCUAGAGGCGAAAACCCUCGCGUCGCUGUUCUUCUGGCGCGAGGAGGCCGUGGCCCAGGGUCACCGGUUGGCACCGAGGGAGAUCGCAGGACGCCGCAAUGAGCUGUGUCAGCGCUCCAUUGAAGAGUGGUCCCAAAGGCUGGAGCAGCCGACUGCUGGGCGUAGAACCGUCGAGGCGGUCCGUCCGGUGUUGGGACAGUGGUUGGCGAGGCAGCACGGUAGCCUGACUUACCGUCUGACCCAGAUGCUCUCCGGACAUGGUUGUUUCGGAGGGUAUCUGUGUCUGAUCGGUCGGGAGCCGUCUGCUAUCUGCCACCACUGUGACGGAUGUGCUGACGAGGACGCCCAGCACACCUUGGAGGUUUGCCCAGCCUGGGACCAAGACCGCGCGGAGCUUCGCGCGGUCGUGGGGGACGACCUUUCCCUGCCGGCUGUCGUGAGACAGAUGGUCGACAGCGAGAGGUCGUGGACAGCAGUGCAGACCUUUGCGGAGAGCGUCAUGCUCCGCAAAGAGGCGGCGGAAAGGGUGAGAGAGGACACGUCCGACCUCCCCAUACGCCGCCGGCGCACUGGGCGCAGGAGGCGGGCAUACGCCCUGCACCUGCUGCCCCCACAAUAA